AUGCAAUCCCAAACGGCAGGAACCCAGUCGCUUCCUCCUCCAGCGCUUCCUCAACUUGUCGCCGAGCAGCACGUCCCGAUUCCCCCCAAUGACAAGGACACCAAGCGGCUCAUUGUCGUUCUUUCCAAUGCCAGUCUCGAGACUUACAAGGCAUCGCACGGGACCAACCGCAAUGGCGUCCGGGAAGAGAAGUACACGCUCCUUAAUAGCGACGAACACAUCGGUAUCAUGCGCAAGAUGAACCGCGACAUCAGCGAUGCUCGGCCGGAUAUUACCCAUCAGUGCCUCCUCACACUUCUUGAUUCGCCCAUCAACAAGGCUGGCAAGCUCCAGAUCUACAUUCAGACGGCAAAGGGCGUUCUCAUCGAGGUUUCGCCAACCGUCCGCAUUCCUCGCACUUUCAAGCGUUUUGCUGGUUUGAUGGUCCAGCUUCUCCACCGCCUUUCGAUUAAGGGCACCAACACGAACGAGAAGCUCCUCAAGGUUAUUCAGAAUCCCAUUACCGACCACCUACCCCCAAACUGCAGAAAGGUUACCCUCAGCUUCGAUGCUCCGCUUGUGAGAGUGCGCGACUAUGUCGAUACCCUUGGUCCAAAUGAGAGCAUUUGCGUCUUCGUUGGUGCCAUGGCUAAGGGCCCCGACAAUUUCGCGGACGCUUACGUGGAUGAGAAGAUCUCGAUCAGCAACUACAGUUUGUCGGCAAGUGUUGCAUGCAGCAAGUUCUGUCAUGCAUGCGAAGAUGCCUGGGAUAUCAUCUAA